AUGCAGACCAUCAAGAGCACCAUCGCAGAGAACCUAGGAGUGGCGCCGACGCGAUCGGGGGAUCCGCAUCAACUCGUCGAGCCCCGCCAUCGCUUUAGUCUAGAGCAGGUCGGUGACCUCUCGGGCAAGGUGGCUCUGGUAACUGGUGGCUCCGAGGGAGUCGGAUUCGGAUGCACCCAUACGCUGCUGAAAGCCAACAUUGACAAAAUCUUUGUUCUCUCCAAGUCGCAAGACAUCAUCUCGCAAGCGAAGGAUGCCUUUGCCCAAGAUGACCAGCUCGAUGCAAAUGCGAACGCCCGACUGGCUUGGAAGCAGUGCGAUCUCACCGAUUGGAAAAGCGUCCAGAAGGUCGCUCGUGAGAUCACUGACGAAACGGAACGACUCGACAUCCUCAUUGCAAAUGCCGGAAAGGGAAUCAUGACCCACGCUCUCGACCGACACGGCAUCGAUUCUCACAUGUCCACCAACCACCUUGGCCACGUCGUCCUCAUCGAUGCGCUGCUCCCGCUCCUCAACAAGACCGUUGAAAAGCAUCAGACGUAUGUCCGCGUAGUCUCCCUCAGCUCUAACCUUGCCGAGCAGACACCUCAAGAGGUCGACUUCACGCAAGAGUCAGACUUUAAAUCCGACAUCGGCCCUCAGAGUCUCUACGCACGAUCCAAGCUGGCAAACUUACUUUUCGCACGCUAUCUCGAUCGAGAGUAUUCGCAAAAAGCUGGACACGACCAUGUCAUCUUCAACGCUUGCCAUCCGGGCGUCGUCGAAACCAGACAAACCCAGGUCUGGAUUCACGAGCCUUUCCCCAUCUUGGGCUACGGCAUGAACUUGCUCAAUCCGAUCAAGAAGGACAUCUUCCAAGGCUGCGUAUCCGCAAUGUAUUCCGCAACUCAACCUACCAAGGGCGGCAACUUCAUCUGUCCUCCUGCCGUCCCGGAGGAAGGCCCCGCAAAGAGUCGCGACCAAGAGAUGCAAGAUAGACUCGCGCGUCUGUCCAAGGAGAUCAUCGAGCGCGCUGGUGUCACGCUGCUAACCAUUCCUGUUUAG